GCCUCAUUGUAAAGCUGCCACUGGGUGAAGCUCUACAAAUAUGUAACAAAAUAUAAAUAGUGAAUUUAACAUGAUGAAAAGUUACAAUAUUUAGUACAAGACAAUACUGAAGGGCAGUGUGGUACUCCAAGAGGAAGGAUGAUGGAGCUGCAAUUAAAUGUUACAAGAGGGACCUUACUUGUGGUGGCAGUGAUGGUCGGCAGUCUGCUGGGUAAUGGCCUUGGUGAUCUGCAGGCCUCCCCUAACUCAAAGUACUGCACACAGCAUCCAACCUUUCUUUUCUGUGACUUCCUGGGAGCACAAGAGCUGGUGGUGGUGGAGUCCUUGGCCAAGCGUGGAGGGCAGACGGUGAACACAGCAUACCUGCACAAUGCUGAACAAAUGUUGGUGGCAAGUGACAUUUGUAUUAGCCUUUUGGCUUUCAGUGUCACCAACAUAACCUACAGUGGCAUCCCUGAAACCUGUGAUCCUAACCAACACUUCUCCUUCAAGCUGGUGGACUCUUCUACAAACCUGGUGCCUCCAUAUGUUUCUCAGCUUGAUAUGCUGAGAUCAGCAGCCCAAGAGGUCAGUAUUGACAGAGAUGUAAAGUUGUUCUCAGCAACCAGCUCUGUUAUAGGUCACCUGAAAAUUUCUAAACCUGUCCGGGCACUCAACAUUAAGGUGGAAAACUCACUCAUUGACAAAAUAGAAAAGCUCCAUCUAGAGAGCAGAUCUCAUCUGGUGCUCUAUAAUGUAACUGUAAACAAAGUGACACAGUCAAGCAUAUACCUCAAAGAAUCAUCCAUGAACAUAUGGACAGGUGCCAUCAAAACUUCAUUGGAACAAGCUAUAAUCUUGGGUCCCAGAGCUUCUGUAACUCUGAAGGAUACAUACGGUAAAAUAUCACUAGCUGGCCCAAAAGAGGUGGCACCAGUGCCUGCACCAGCACCACCACAGCAAGAACACAGACCGCCAGGAGUACCCCCACCAACAUCUCAAACUGCAAGACAGCAGACUCCUCCAUAUAAUCAGUCUGUUCUGGUGUGGGUAUUCCCAACAGUUCUGGCAGCAGUGGAGGCCAUUAUAAUUCUCAUAAACUGUACCAAUUGGUUUCCAUCUCUCAAGAGAAAGAAAUUACCCCAGGGCUUGGAGGAAGGGAACCUGAGAGUGACAAGACAAACAGAAGCUGUGAGUGGCUCUUCCAAUUCCACGUGGCACUACUACACAGAAGUUCCACUUAUGGCUGUAAAUAGACGGCAGAACACAGAGUAUAAAUAUAAGUGACUGGAUACCAAUAAGGAAUGUAUUGAUAUAAAUUUAAAGUUUUCAAGUUUUUGCCAAGUCUAUAAAGUAUCACUGAAGGUUGUGUAUGGCACUUGGUACUCACACAAGAAAAUAACAGGGAAAGACAUCACACAAUACUGUAACAAAGUGCAUAUCAGAAAUUCUUUAGCUUUAGGAAGCAUAAUGAUAGAAUGAAUGUAAGAGAUACUGAUAUUCCUUACACCAUGAAGAACAAGAACUAUGAACAAACAGGCUUAAAUGAGUCUCUUAAUGCUUCUGCCUAUACAUAAAUAGUCUUGGUGUACAGUAUGUGACAGCAGCAUAUACAGAUAUAAAUAUAUUUUCUACUUUA